CUCCGCGUCAUCAGUCUGACCGUGCCAAUUAAUCGAUAUCCGAUGCCAAUGUGCGCUUGUUUCGCAAAAUGAAACGCAAUUACUCCGGAGCCCCCAUUAUGUCGGCUUAUCGGGCAUCUCGACUGCCAGUUUCGUGCCGCCCUUGCCGCGAGAAGAAGCGCCGUUGUGAUCGCAACCAACCUUGUUCGAAUUGUACCCAACGGUGCCUCACUUGCGUUUACGAGAAUGGCAGUCGAGCCACUAAUUCAUUGGAGAGUGAUACAGUGCCAAAUCGAAAUCUUGGCGAGGCUUCAGUCGACUUGAACGAAAGCACAAUGGCGUUCUCCCCUCUGAGACAGUUGGAUCUGUCAGCCAACCUCUUCCCCAUGUACACCAACCAGCUGUGCUAAUGGUAUUUCAGAAACAAG